UCAUUUGGUGCAGACCUGGUUCCUCUUUUGUGAAGCGGCAGCUGAGGAGACUCUGGCACUGGCCAUGGCCAGCAAAAAGCCCAAGGAAGGAAUCAAGACUGAGAACAAGGAUCAUGUUAAUUUGAAGGUGGCGGGGCGGGAUGGUUCUGUGGUGCAGUUUAAGAUCAAGAGGCGUACACCACUUAGAAACCUAAGGAAAGCCUAUUGUGAACGGCAGUGGGAAAUGGAGGAUGGAGAUACAAUUGGUGUGUUCCAGCAGCAGACAGGAGGUGUCUACUAAAAAGGGAACCUGCUACUUGACUCCAGAACUCUGUUCCUCCAGGACAAGAAGACAUUCUUAAUUAGAAAACUGCAAUUUGGUUUCAACACA